GAAUUUAUUCACCCUCUCUCUCUCUCUCUCUAAAAUGUCGGAAACAACAGAAGCAGCACCAGCGCCGUCACCGCCAUUACUACCUCACCGACAAUCCUCCUCCUCCUUCAAAACCCUAAGCCCAAACCUCCCCAUCAUCAUGGUCAUCCUCGCAGCCACAGUCGUGGCCUCAAUCUGCCUCAUCCUCCGCCACCUCAACCGCCGGUGCAUCCGUCGCCUUGCUCCCUCACCGUCCGACUCAUUCUCCGACUCCCGCCACAUAACCACUCGCCGAAUCAAUCCCGAUACCUCUCCUUCCCUCCCUCUCUACACCUUCUCCUCCAUCGCCCGCCGAUCUUCCUCUACCAUCUCCGCCGACUGCGCCGUGUGUCUGUCGAAAUUCGAGCCCAGCGACGAGGUCCACCUCCUCCCGCUCUGCUGCCACACCUUCCACUCCGUCUGCAUCGACCCGUGGCUGCAGUCGCAGCAGACUUGCCCGCUAUGUCGCUCCUCGAUCGCUGUUUCCGACGCCGAGGUCAUGAUGCUCGUCUCCUCCAAUGCCGAACCAGCCACAGCGAACAGUAGCGGACGCUUCCGUCUCGAAAUCGGUAACGUGAGCCUCAGCAACAACAAUCAGACGACAACGACGAAUUCCUCCAAUCGACACUCCUACUCCGUCGGCUCCUUCGAUUACAUUGCAGACGACGAGACGUCGGAAGUGCGGCUGAGCAAUACUGAACGAGAGAAAGAUGAGGUCGUCUUGGUAGUGGCAGAGCCGGAACCGCCAAUUCCGCCGUUGAUCCUAUCCGCGGAGGUCGGCUCGGGAAGGUCGAGCUGGCUCAAAGACUACAUCGAUCAACUGUCCAGCACCCUCUCGUCCCGAGAUAUGUCAUUUCGGAGCUCUGGAAGAUUCUACACUGGAAGUAGCUGCCGGAGCGAGGUGUCUAUCGCCGGCGAUUCGAGCUUGGAAACAGAGCGCGUCGGAGAAGAGAUAUCCGAGAUGUUUCGGUGGCUUGCAGGGGUAUGAUUGGUAAAUUCAAUCAAUUCUAUCAUCAUUCUCUCAUUCAUUGGUUUUGCUAGCGCCACUCCCAGAUUGUGGUUCAUUUCUGUAAAUUUCGUUUUUUGGAGCUGAAUUGCUGAUGUGGAGAGAACGAGAGGUAAAAGUAUAGGUGGGCUUGGUAAAUUUAUAGGUGAAAUUUGAAAGUAACGACCCAUUGCAUAUGUGUAUAUAAGCUAGAAGCAUGGAGAAGUAGAGAUUUACACAGAUUUUAGUAGUGGAGUAAUAUUUUUUUUAACGUCGUUACCCAACACUUAUGAGUUGUAGCAUUUCACAUAUUCUACUUGUGAUUAUAGUAGUGAGCGCCAAAGUAUGGUUCAAGCUCGGAUGCCAGUAUGAUCAAGUGUUAAAUGUUUUUUGUUUUGACAAUA